UCCUUUCCCAAAAGCAGCAAAAAAUGAACAAGUAUCAGGGACCAGUAACAUUCAAGGAUGUUAUUGUGGAAUUCAGCCGGGAAGAGUGGCAGUUACUGAGCGCUGCUCAGAGGACCCUAUACAGGGAAGUGAUGCAAGAGAACUAUGGUCUCCUAAUCUCAGUGGGUUACCGUGUGAAAAAGCCGAAUGCAGUCUUCAAGCUGAAACAAGGAAAAGAACCGUGGAUAUUGGAAGUAGAAUUUCCACAUCGGAAUUACCCAGAAGACCUCUGGAAAAUUCAUGACCUAGGAGCGAAAUACCAGGAAAGCCGAGCUGAAAAUUCAAGGAAUGGAGAACUCACAAAACACCAGCAAACUCAAGCCAGAGAGAAAAUCCAUAAAUGCAAUGAAUGUGGAAAGUCCUUCUGCCAGAAGUCUAUCCUCCUAAUACAUCAGCAUAUUCAUUCAAAGGACAAACCCAGGGAAUGUGGGGAAUCUGGCUCUAGAAACGGAGACCGCACAGUACAACAGAAAACUCACACGAGAGAGAAAACCUAUGAAUGUAAAGAAUGUAAGAAAACUUUCUAUCACCUGUCAUCUCUUAGUAGACAUUUGAGGACUCAUGCAGGGGAGAAACCGUACGAAUGUAAUCAGUGUGAGAAAUCCUUCUACCAGAAGCCACACCUUGUAGAACAUCAGAAAACACACACAGGAGAGAAACCCUUUGAGUGUAAUGAAUGUGGGAAGUUCUUCUAUGUUAAGGCAUACCUCAUGGUACAUCAGAAAACACACACAGGAGAGAAACCGUAUGAAUGUAAGGAAUGUAGGAAAUCCUUUUCCCAGAAAUCACACCUCACAGUACAUCAGAGAACACAUACAGGGGAGAAACCUUAUAAAUGUAAGGAAUGUGGGAAAUUCUUUUCUAGAAAUUCACACCUCAAAACUCAUCAGAGAACUCACACAGGAGAGAAACCCUAUGAAUGUAAGGAAUGUGGGAAAUGCUUCUACCAGAAGUCAGCUCUCACAGUACAUCAGCGAACUCACACAGGGGAGAAACCCUUUGAAUGUAAUAAAUGUGGAAAAAACUUUUACUAUAAAUCAGACCUCACCAAACAUCAGAGAAAACACACAGGGGAGAAGCCCUAUGAAUGUCAUGAAUGUGGUAAAUCUUUCUCUGUGAAUUCAGUCCUCAGAUUACAUCAAAGGACACACACAGGGGAGAAACCCUAUGAAUGUAAGGAAUGUGGGAAAUCCUUUUCUCAGAAGUCACAUUUUAUCAUACAUCAGAGAAAACACACAGGGGAGAAACCCUAUGAAUGUCAGGAGUGUAGGAAAACUUUUAUUCAGAAAUCAAAACUUACUGCACAUCAGAAGACACACACAGAGGGAAAAAGCUGAUAAAUACUAUGAACAGGGAACUUAUUUUGGAAUUCAUCCUUCAGAAUAACUGGAUAAUUCACACAAGACAAAAAGCUUAGGAAUAUCAUCUAUCUCAGAAAAUUUCAGUCAAGAGUCUUUCUUGACAGAAAAGGAAAUACACAGAAAUUCUUUAAAUCUAUGUGGGAGAGCUUUUUACCAUAUGUCAGACUUAAUGAAGUAUCAGACAACCCACAAACUGUAAAACAUGAGGGAGACGGUUCUUUUAGAAGUCAUACUAGAUCGCACAACACAGAAAUCACA